AAUGAAAUAAAAAUGAAUUUUCUAAAUAUUUUCUCAUUUAUAUAGAUUUUUUCUUCAGGAGGAUGAAAAAAAUAUAGUAACAAAAGAGACGUUUCAAGAAUUGAAGCCUGAUUCAUCAGUCACAGCCGAUGGAGGAACAGAUAUAGUCAGAUCAAUGGUCAAAAAAAUGGAAGAGACUUCUUUAUCAGUACCAACAGUACUACCUCCUGGUAUGGAUUCAAGUGGUGAAUUGGAGUGGUUGCGUAUACAAAACAAAGAUUUAUCGGAAAAAUUAGAAAGUCUAAGAAUAAAAAGGAAAGAAGAUCAUGCAAAAAUGAUGGAAUUUGAGCGAAAUCGUAUUCAGUUAGAAGCUCUGUUGGAAUAUAAAGCUAAAAUGACUGAUGCACAUACUGCUUUACAGAGAAAAUUACAAGAAAAAGAAAAGGAAUUAAAAGAUACUUUGGAAGCAAGGCAGGAUUAUCAAGCAGAUAUGUCUGACAUAGAAGAGCAGUUAGAACUGGUGACGCUUGAUAAAGAAAUGGCAGAGGAGAAAGUAGAAAUGCUUCAGGCCGAGAUUGAUGCACAGAAAGAACGGAUAGAAGAAUUGGAAAUGGAGCUUGAAAUCUUGAAGACUGAAAUGGAACAGGCGGGCGGAAAUGCUGUAGAGGGAAAUAGUAUCCAGAUGAAGCAAAUGGAGCAACAAAAUGAAAAACUGCGUGAAGCACUUGUAAAGAUGCGCGAUAUUACAAACCAGUCGUUACUAGACAAACAAGAGAUGUCGCGAGAAACUGAAAAUUUAAAAGAAGAAUUAGCUGAGCUUGUGAAACUAUGUGAAAAAUUGAAGAAAGAUGCAGAAAAUACUGAACAGAUGAAUGUUGAGUUAAAAGAACAGGUGGAUGCUGCAAUGGGAAGCGAACAGAUGAUUGAGAAGUUAACAGAAAAAAAUUUAGAUAUGGAAGAAAAAAUUAGAGCAUUAGAAGAGUCAAUUGAAGAUUUUGAUGCUAUGCGUGCGAUGGACGAGGAAAUUCUGGAAACUCAGAAAGAGGCGGAAAAGGAAUUGAGACAAGAGCUCGAUUUAGCUUAUGGUAAAAUUAGUGAGCUUCAAAUGCAGAUCAAAGCUUGUGGUGUGCAAGCAGAAGAUACCGAAAGAACAAUUCUAAAAUUCCGCAAGAAAGUUGUAGAUUUAAAUGAAGAAAUUCAGGAACAUAAGGAUCAGAUUUUACGUCUGGAAGAACAGGCGAAACGAGUUGAUGACAAUAUUAAUGGACUGCAAGCUUCAAACAUUUUUAAGGAGGCUCGCACUUUUGCUGAAAUUAUUGAAAGUGAUACAAGAGCAAUAGAAUUGGAAUUCUCGCAUCUGCUCAUCAAAUAUUUAAAAGCAUUUUUACCUGACAAUUUCACAAAACCUGGAGGUGAUAAUGAUGCUAUUAUUAUUAAUAUUCUUUAUCCGAGAUUAUCCAAAAAAGUAUCUUUAUUGAGCAGACUUAUCAAUGAAAAAUUUCCUUCUGUUCCUGGUGGUAUGAGACGUGAACAUGUUACCAAAUCACAUAAGGCCGAACAAUGGGCUCACGCUGCUAAAUUUACAUAUUUGCUUAAAGUUAUCGAAGGUAUUUCAGAAAAGUUCUGCAGCGCGCUUCAAUUAUGCUCUGUUGAAAGGUUAUCACGUUUAGCUCAAAUGCAGAUUGAUAUGGCUUCACAAGAAAAAUUCAUCGACCAGUACAUCGAAUCACUUCGAGCCAACCGUAUUGAUGAAAAUACAAGUACAGAAAGUCUCGAAAAAUUGAUCACUUAUUUUCAAAAUAUUUUCUCGGUUUAUAUGGCUGGUGAAGCUUUUGAUGUCUGCGGAUUUUUAAAUAAUACGAUAGCUCAGUUACUGAAAGGGUUGAAUUGGUUGAAUAUCAAUACGGAAAGGAUUAAAUUUUUCUUAAUUCCUUCUUCAGAUGAGAAUGAAAUCGCGCAAUUUGUGGCUUCAUUAUUCGCUGCUAUAGCAGAGUGCGAACAGUUGUCAGUUCGGUGUAGAAAUCGUAUUCCAAAUUCUGCAAAUUUUUCAUUGACUUCAGAGGUCGAAGAGGAGCUUGUUUCUGCAAUCAAGAAUUUGGAGCAGUCUGCCAGAAUUAUGGAUGAUGUUUGUUCGAUUGCAAGUACUCAGCUAAGUAUGCUUACUGAUGUGGAAGGCCUUGAGGUAAGUCGUCUCAAGGAAAUGCUGCAAGGUGCAGUGGAAAAAGUUCAUGGACAGACUAAUGGUUCUAAGGCUCAAGAUUGUGUCAAUGUAAAAAUAUUUAGGAAUUAUCUUCAUGCGUUGAAGAAUACACUAACACAUUUUGUUAGCGUUCUUGAUCGUGAAACUAUGGAGGUUGAAAAAUUAGAAAAAAAGUCUUAUCCACCCUUACUUGAGCGGGCUCACGCUCGCAAACAUGAUGCAGUGGAAGCAGAUGGAUUGAGGUGGCAGAUUGAAAAGAAGGAUAACGAAAUUGUUGAGUUGAAGAAAACAUUACGUGCUAGAGCAGACGACAUAAGUAAUUAUCGGUUGCGCCUUGAAAUGGCCGACAAAAAAAUGGAAAGUUCCGGCAAAGCUGAUGAAUCUCGAGUUCAGAAUUUACAAACUCGAUGUGAAGAAUUGCAAAGCGAAUUAAAGAAGACUAGAACAGAGUUUGAUGAAACUAUGGACGCUUUACAACGAGAUUUGGAAGCAACUGAAAAAGAAAAUGCAGAUUUAAGAGAGAAGACCAGAAAUAUGACUAAAAAAGCCCUAUUGAUGGCAAUUGAUUCAACUGCACCAACACCAACAAAUGUUGCUGGUAACUUUUCUUCAAAUGCUGCGGAAAUAACUUAUCUCGAAUCCGAAUUAGCAGAAAAACAGAAGGCUCUGAAGUGGGCUGAUAUUCGUAUAAGACAACUUAAGUCUUGCGAAACAUUACGUAUUUUAUCAGAAACAAAUUCUCUGGAAAUCUCCUCAGAUAUAUGUGGUCCUCUCACAUUAUCAGCUGUGCAAUCAUCUGAAAAAGAAGAGCUAGACAAGCUCAUUCGAGAAGUCGAAAUUCUUAAUGCUGAUUGUCGUGCAUUUCAAGUGCCUUUUAUUGUCGAUCUAAAUAAACCUAAAAAACGAAGAGAAAUCGAAGAACGGCAAUAUUAUUCUCAGAUUAAAAGUAUAAAUCGCCGAAUUGGAGAUGUAAAAUUCCGCAUUCAGCGAUUUUGGGUAAAGUAUCAUCCUAAAGAAAAUAUUCCAACAUUGAUUGGAGAUUUGCCAUACAUUUCUAAUAUAAGAAGAGUCAAGAUAUUUAUUAACAAUGAAGGAAAAGGAAUUCAUUCUGAAGAAUAUAAAAUUGCUUUUGAUAAAUUGUUUGGUAGUCUCAAAGCCGAACGAGAGAUAUUCGAGAAAAAUCUUCGAUUUCAUGCAGUCGCGAUUCAUUGA